AUGGCUUCUUUGCAAACUUCAAGUCUCUUAUUCCCUGCAUCUUCAACUCUUUCUUGUUCCUCAAGGAGAAUGAUCAAUGCUGCAAUCCAUGUCCCCAAAGUUCCAAGACUCCGCUUCACCAACCCGAAAACCGCAACAAAGUUGGUACUUGAAGGCCUACAACUGAGUGAUGGGAUCUCAAACACAUACCAAGUAGCUCAACCAAAGCAUCAAGAAUCAUCAAACCACAUUCAUUCUACUACCACUACUUCUACAGCUACCAUUCAGCUCUAUGCAAUCCUAGAGGAAGUAGCAGACAGAAUUGAGAUGCACAUCAAUGUCGGCGAGCAACGUAACAACUGGAACAUUCUUCUGCUCAACUCCAUCAACAUGAUCACUCUCACAGCCUCAGUCAUGGCUGGAAUUGCAGGCACUGUUGGUGAUGGAACUCCCAUUUUGGCCUUGAAGUUGUCUUCCGCUCUUUUAUUCACUGCAGCCUCAGGAAUGUUGCUUAUCAUGAACAAGAUCCAACCUUCACAACUAGCUGAAGAACAGCGCAAUGCUACAAGAUUGUUCAAGCAAAUCCAAACUCAAAUCCAUACCUUACUAGCACUUCGUGAGCCGACAGAACAAGAUGUGAAGGAAACAAUGGAGAAGGUUUUGGCCCUUGACAAAGCCUACCCUCUUCCAUUGCUUGGAGCUAUGCUUGAAAAGUACCCUAAAAAGUUUGAGGCAGCUGCUUGGUGGCCUAAAAGUCAUGGAGUUCAAAAACCAAGCGAAACGAAAUCAAGGAUGGGAAAGACUAAUGGGUGGAGUGAAGAUCUUGAAGAUGAAAUGAGAGAAAUUAUUUCAGUGGUGAAGAGCAAAGACUUCGAAGACUACGAGAGAUUAGGUAACAUUGCACUCAAGAUCAACAAGGUUUUGGCUAUCUCUGGUCCUUUGCUUACUGGAGUUGCAGCCGUUGGGUCUGCUUUUGUGGGUCACAAUGAUAUUGCAGCCAUUGCAGCAGUGGCUGCAGGUUCAUUGAGCACUGCAGUCAAUGCUUUUCAACAUGGUGCUCAAGUUGGGAUGGUGUUUGAGAUGUAUAGGUACUGUGCUGGCUUCUUCAACAAAUUGGAGGAUACAAUUGAAGCCACACUUGGGGAACAAGAUUUGGAGAAAAGAGAAAAUGGUGAAUUGUUUGAGAUGAAGAUUGCUAUGCAAUUGGGAAGAAACUUGCCUCAGCUUAGAGAACUUGCAUCAAAAUCAGCUUCAUGUAGGAGAAAUGGAACAGUUGUAGAUGAAAUGGGUUCAAGACUGUUCUGA